AUGGCCCAGAGAAGGGGAUGCCUGCUGGUUGGCGAGCAGUUUAUUUGGGCCUGUUGGCCUCCCAAGAUAACAAAUUGCAGUUUGGGCCAGGACAGAGGGAGAACAGCCACCGCGUGGGAUAAAAACAUACCAGAACUCGCUACGGAAGAAUCUCUAGGAGGGGCCCAGUGCUGCUUGCCCGAAUUGCUGGCUCUGCUUCUUGGGGGAGAGGUGAAACUAGUAAUUGCUUUUUUGCUGCUUGAAAUCGAACGAGAUCGACAUCAUGACACCAACGACUUGUUCUGA